AUGGAGGAAGGAAACCCUCCUCCGCUGCACACCGAGCCGCCUCCCCUCCCAUACUCGCUGCACACUCGCAAGAAGGCGAUCGCUUUUUUCUGGAUUUUGUUCGUCGUCGAUACUUUAGGUCAACCGCUGAUUCUCUACUGGGCACUAUGGUAUUGCACGGAUCUGUCGCAUAAUCUGGUCUUCUCGAUCGUCACGGCCUGCUUGGGCGGUAUCUCGGUGUUUGAAUACUUCUAUCGCCUCCACAAUCUCUUUAAAAAGAACUCCCGCGCCCGGCCGCUGAACGCCCGCAAAUCAUGGCUCGACUUCUUUCACAUCAAUUUUACUAUUGUAUGGCUUAUCCUGGCUGUGGAGCUUAUUGUGGGAACCGUUCCUGAGGAACCAUAUGUGCGUCUCGUCGCCAUGGUCCUACCAACCGUCAUGUUCUACUUCGGAAUCGUCCACCUUUCCCUCGACGUCCUCCGCAUGGCCGGUUACAAAGCCCCAUUUCGCAUCUCCUCCACCCCCAAGGGCUCCGUCAUGCCGACUGCCCUAUACGCCCUGAUCGAGGACGUAGUCGCCGUCGAUGGAGGAGGCGGCCAGAUCUACAGAUACGCCCUCCGAACCCGCUACCUAUCUAGCCCCUACUUCCGCCGAAUGCUCUUCGAGAUGAAUUGUUUCUGGAGCGGCGGGUCAAUUAUCUUCGCAGCCGUCUUCACAGCCAUCAUCUUCACGGUCUCCGAACCCGUAGCCUUCACGCUUGGCUGGACGCUCCCUUUCGCAUGGGCCGGAGUCUGGACCUUGAUCACCAUCCCUUGGGUGCAGAGCGAUCUGCGUCGCGAGAAGAAGGCCUGGGCGGAAAAUCGCGGACAGGGCGGCAUCCACUGGGUCGAUGAUAUCACCGCUCCGACUGCGCGCACCCGUUUCGAAUCCGUUCAAGGAGCCAUCCCCAGUCUUCUCCCCUGGACCCGUGAAAAGCAAAGUGCCCCCUCGACACCGGGCGCCGAUGGCCUCGGCGGGAUUACCCCGACCGCCAAGCCUGGGAGUAGCCACGAGGGCAAGCCCAGCAUUGAAGGUACUGACGGGGUGGACUUUGCUAAUGGCGUCAAUGGCGCGGGUGUUAAUGGCGUUUCGAAAGAUACCGCCGAUACCAAAGACGCCGUCGACACCGUCCCCGAUACAUCUCAUGAUACUGGAAAUAUUCCCGACAGUAACCCGAGUAACCCGCCAAUACCCGAUCAACAAGCAAAAUGA